CUCUUCCUCGAUGUACAUUUGAAACGAAUGAAAUUGUAUCGCCAAUUAUAAAGUUUCUGGCGUGCCUCUCGCUCAUACCCACUCCUAGCGACGCGUCAUGGCAUCACAACUGGAAGAAAACACAUUCUUCACGAAAGAACGCGAUCGGUUGACAACCGAAAUCACAUCGGGGUUCGAGGAACUUCUUUCGAGUAGCAACAAUCUAAACCGCAAGCUCGAAGAAGUACUCGGAAUGACACGCGAAUACGAAACCAUAGCCGAGCUGUGGCAGAGCUUCCAGGAUCUCAUGCGCGGUCAACCCAAUGAGGGUAUUGUGUCCAAGCAGGAGCAGAUGCAGGGCUUGCCAGGCACGGGUGGACACGUCCUUGUCGCAGAAAGCGAACGUGAACGCGCCGAGUAGCCUUAUUUUACUUUACACUCAAGACGGAGACAACAGCAGUGUUACUGUGUUACUGUAAUGAUAAACCGUCCACUAGGCGAUACAAAGAGGAGAGGCGUUGUCUUGAGCACAACAGGUAUAUCGAUAUCCAAAUACAACAAAGUCAAUAAUAGCAGGAAAUACGACGAAACCACAACUAAACGGUCACUAUCAUUAACAUCGAUACAUCUUCUACAUCUCUGCCCAGGUUGCCACCUA